GGCUAUAAUUUGAUUGUCCUAGAUUUUCUUUUUGUCUUUUAAGAGAUCAAGACUGAAACUUGAAUUGUAUCUAGUUAAAGAUUGUCUAACAUGUAAGGGACUAAAAGCAAUCCAAAUUUGGGGAUCCAAAAGAGAGAAAAGACUCAUUGAUGCAUUUACUGUCUCCUGUUUUCUUUCUUAAUCUUUAGUCAUUUUAGACUGUGAUGUUUCUUUAUAAAUAAGAACAUCAGCCUACUUGUUCAUCUCUUAUUCACUGUGGAUGAAUCUGGUUGUGUAUGUUUGAGCUCAAUCUGGAGCUGAAAAGGGUUAUAGACGCCUCUUAAGUUAUAGGCAGUCUAAUAGUUUAAUUGUAGAUUAUUACACACUCAUGACACAUCUUUGUAUCUGAAGUUUCGUGGGGUCGUUGAUAGGGGCGUCAGAUGGGCCUAUCACCGACCCGAGGAAACACCUGAAAUUCACACCUCAAAUCCACUCCUCCCGGCCUCCUAUUGGCGGAGCUUCUAAAUAAAUCCGUCACCAUGCAUCUUCGAGAGGAUGACAACGGCCUGCAGCCGACCUAAAGCAUCAUCACCAUCACCACCACCAUGCGUUUCAGCCACGAACCCGCAGCUUUCCAGCUUUGCGCAAACAGCGCCAUGUUCGACAGUGAGGACUCGGGCUCCGCAGACGGGGAGCAGAUGACGGAGGUGCGCUCCCCGAGUUCAGAGCCCUUAAGCCCGCAGUCUGUCAACUCAGACUCCAGCUGCACGAGCCCCGAAGCCAAGUCCACCUCAGCGCAACAGAGAGUCCGGAGGCCUCUGAACGCCUUCAUCAUCUGGACUAAAGAGGAGCGAAGGAGACUAGCUCAUUUGAACCCAGACCUGGAGAAUACGGAUCUGAGCAAAAUACUAGGUAAGACCUGGAAGGCCAUGUCUCUGGCUGAAAAGCGUCCCUACAUGCAGGAGGCCGAGCGCCUCAGGGUCCAGCACACCAUCGACUACCCCAACUACAAGUACCGUCCCCGCAGGAGGAAGCAGCUGAAGAAGAGCUCCAACAAGCCCCCUGGUGCAGAAUCCUCAGCCUCCCUCCCUUUGCUUUGCAGCUCAGGCCUCACGAUGCCCUACAACCUCUCCUACCUGCUCCAGAAUCAACAGCCAACCUACCCCAGCUCACCUGCUUUCCAUAACACCCCAUCUACAUUCAGCAGCCACACAAACACUCCAGUUUACCCCGACCAAGCAGCAGCUGUAGACACUUUCCAAAACAAACCUGAAAUGUACCCAUCUGUGUACCCAGUGGAACCUCAAGGGUAUUAUGGCAGCCAGAAUGGGUUCAUGCAGUAUGGUUUCCCCAGUCCUGCGGGUCCACAUGUAGAUCAAGGGGACUCCAGGGUCUAUGGAGGUCUGCUGUGCCCGUCUGGACCCUCCCUGGAGUUUUACCUGGAGCAGGUUCAGCUGGACAUGCUGUACGAUCUGGACCGCAGUGAGUUUGAACAAUACCUAGGUCCAAGCGCUCACAGGCCGGACUCUGUGGAUCCCAGCAGCUACACACAGCAUAGCAGCCACAAAGAGGAACACACACUGUCAUAACAGUACUCCAGCAGCUGUAUUUAUUUAAAACAUCUCAGUGUUUCAUUUAAAAUGACUAGUAAAAGUGUACAUUGUGAGUUCAUGCUAAGUUCUUAAAAUAUUGUUGUAAUGUCUUCCAAUUUUAUCAUAAUGCACCAAUAAAUAAUUAAUACAA